AUGUUACCUAACUGGGUCUUGAAAUACCUGCAAGAAAAACCACCAAUCGUAGGGACCCCCAAGGACCCCCACAGUUGUACUCCAAGUACAAAAUCGUCUCUUUCCUUGAUUCUCCGGUCUCUUACGAUGCUUUCCUUCUCUCCCUCUCCUCAGUAUGACUUCUCUCUUGAAAGGAAGACGAUCGAGUGGGCCGAGAACAUUAAAAGGAUCCAAGCUGUCCAGCAGGAAAUGGAGCAGAAAGCCAGGGAGACCCUGGCCAAUGUGAAGGGGGCCUCGGAGGAAGACCUGCCCAAGGGUUUCCGCCUGGGGGCUGCCCUGCCUCUCCCCAUCAACCCCAUCCUGGCCGGCCUGCAUCACAACUCCAUCCUCACUCCCACCCCGGCCAACAGCAACGCUCUGAAGCAAAAAGUCUUGAGCCCCACACACACCAAGGCCGACUUCAACCCGGCGGACUUCGAGUGCGAAGAAGACCCCUUCGACAAUUUGGAGUUGAAGACCCUGGACGACAGGGAGGAACUGAAGAACAUCCUCCAGAUCCACGUUGACGCCACGGGGCCAUUCAUGGCCCAACUGCUCGACGGCGGCUUGCCCAAAGUGGCGCCUCCGUCGGUCCUGCAAGACCAGGAGGUCCUGGCCUCUUUGGAAAGGGCGGCUUUGGACCUCAAGCCCCUCCACAAACCCAACGGUCUCGUGGCCUUGCCCCAGCUGGGCGGGUGCGAGAAGGUGCCCCCCUCUUCCAAAGCGUCCCUCCCUCCCGUGACGUUGGUCAGCAACAUCAAGUCUCUCUCCUUCCCGAAGCUGGAUUUGGAUGAGAGCGACCUGCAGGCGGCAAGGCUGGUGAAUACCUACCGCGCGCACAACGGCACUUUCUUGGGCGUUUUACCGGACAAAGCCAAUGAACUGAACGGACACCACGGGAUCGGGGCUCCCACCUUCGGCAUGGACCCCGGCCUAGACACGCGAACGUUAUCUUCCGUGUCCAGAGGUCCUUCCCAGCCCACCUCCGUAGCAUGUACGGAAGACAUUCCGGCUCUCACCACAGCCACAGCGAUUACAACCUUCAUUUGGGCUGGAAAUAAAUCAGAAUUUAAGGGUAGCCUUAAG